AUGCGUGCCGUUCACAUCUCCUCCAUUGCGGUCCUGGCUAUCGGUUCCGCUUCUGCUCUGCCAAGUUCGACGACUGAUUUCGGCCUGAGAGCAAAUACUUGCUCCGUUACAGGCUACACCGAGACGGAGAACGAUGUUGAGGGUCACGGAAAGCAGAGCUUUGGCAGUACCACUGGCUUUGAGUUCUCUAGUGGGAAAAGCUGCGCAUACGGAGGCAGAGUAUGCAACCCAAUAUUGCUGGGUGGCCUCACGUUGCCCAAAGAACAGAGUGGCUUUGCCGACGACGUUCAGUGGAAAACGAAAUCAGUGACGCUGGGCGACUGUACUUGUAUUUACAAGGGAAAUACAAUUGAAGGCAAAUCCCAUGGAGAAGUCGAGACACUUGUCAUUACCAACAAAGGCACAACCCAAUGUACCUGCGAGUUUGAAUGUUAA